GCUAAAGUGGUUUGAUAAUUUUGGGGGGUAUUCCUUAUUAGAGAAGUGUGGUACCACCCAAAAUCACAACUUUCACAUGAAAACAUGUGCCGUCUUUUGUGGGACCAAAACUCCAUUCAUCGCGUCGGUAAACAUCGAAGCCGUCUAUCAACUUCUAAAAUCAUUUCACUCCGCUAAGUUUUGUUUGACCUCGCCCUCAAUUUUCGACUAGUCACAGUCGGCACACUUUGGUUUAUCUACCAGUCCUGGCUUGAUAUAAGCUUACUUGUGAACUAGACCCGCCAACUGGAUCGGACGUGUUGGGAAGUAGGACUAUUCUCUUGGUUUCCAGCACGGGGGCUCUGUAAGUGGGGAGGGAGAAGUUGAGGUGCUGGUGGGAGACUGGGACGACACCGACAUGUAUAGCUACCGGACGGCUGGCUACGGGGCAGAUCCCAUCGAAAUGACCCGGCUGGACACCGGAUACGAGAGUGUCCGCGAUCUGGACAAUGGGUACCGAAAUGGCGCCGGGACUUUGCAAGAAAUCAGCGUCUCACGGUACACUUCGAGAGAUUAUGCCCCAAGGAGCGCGUAUCGGGAAUACGAGCGCCCCAAGUACAUGAAUGGAGGUCCUGCUAGGGAACGUGUGCGGCAGGUGAGCGGGGACUACCGUAAGAUCACCGGGCCGUACCGAGAGUAUCAUUCCAUGGGAAGGCGAACGAUGUACAGGGAUCCCCCCAGAGAUAGGUAUCAACCAUACCAACAGAUUGUUCCGUAUGGCACCGUGCAUCGCCAUGCUGAGCCACCGCGGCAAAGGGACGACCAGCCAGUCCGCCUGGUACAGUACAGCAAAAUUGUGGAGGCUCCCGGCAAACGCCGUGUGGACGAAGCUCCUUGGGUGACGGCGAAAAGGCAACCUGUCCGGGAGAGGGCAACUCAUCGGGUCGAGACUCCAAUAACGAGGAAAGAGUCGGUCAUUGAUGACAGUUGGGUAAGUGUAAAGGUUAGAGAUCACAACCGAGCACGCCCUGAGGUUCAUAGGCCCGCACCUAGAACAGAAGCACCCAAAGUUAUGAGUGUUCCAGAACCCACCUCCGUAAGUCACUCAAGACCCGACCCCUCGUACAUAUGGGCACCUCAGUCGACUGCGAUCGAAGGGCCGUCGAUGUCCGAGCCGAUCAUCAGGGCACCAGUACCGGCUGCCUCCGACCCACCCCGCGUGGAGUCUGCGAGAAUGCCCAUCACACCAAUUCCGGCCAUGGCGGCCUCCUCAGCUGUUGUACAUGAGGCACCUGCUGUAAGAAUGCCCACGCCGCCACGUGUUCCCACACCACCAUCCAUCCGGGCAGCCACUCCCCCCGACGUGUACAGGCCUGAACCAGUCCGCAUGCCGACUCCUCCACCUGUGGCUCCCCCCACACCGCCGAGAAUACCAACCCCUGAGCCGAUCCGUGCUCGAGCUCCCACACCACCGAGAGUACCAACACCUGAGCCGAUCCGCGCACCCACACCGCCAAGAAUACCGACCCCCGAACCGAUCCGCGCACCCACACCACCACGUGUGCCCACCCCUGAGCCCAUCCAUGCUCCAACACCGGUGUUUCAUGCACCGCCUCCGCCACCACCUCCUGAGCCAGUUCGUGUACCAACCCCGCCGUCAGUACAUGCUCCCACACCUCCACGCAUGCCCACACCCCCACGUGUGCCCACACCUCCUCCAUUUCAAGCACCACAGGCGCCUGAAGUUGACCUUCCCAGGUAUUCCGUUCCGGAUGCUCCGGAAAUCGAAGGCCGACGUUUCAGUGGUCCAGAUGUAGAUGUCAACCCUCCGGACAUUGAGGCACGUCGAUUAAGCGGUCCGGAUUAUAACAUUGACGCUCCGAACAUUGAGGCACGUCGGUUAAGCGGUCCGGAUUAUAACAUUGACGCUCCGAAUAUUGAGGCACGUCGAUUAAGCGGUCCGGAUUAUAACAUUGAUGCUCCGGACAUUGACGCACGACGAUUAAGCGGUCCGGAUUAUAACAUUGACGCUCCGAAUAUGGAGGCACCACGAUUCAGCGGUCCGGAAUAUAACGUUGACGCUCCGAACAUUGAGGCACGACGAUUAAGUGGUCCAGAUGUAAAUAUCGACGCUCCGGACAUUGAGGCACCACGGUUAAGCGGUCCGGAAUAUAACGUUAACGCUCCGGAAAUUGAGGUACCACGAUUGAGUGGUCCGGAUUAUAACGUUAACGCUCCGGAUAUGGAGGCACCACGAUUAAGUGGUCCGGACUAUAACGUUAACGCUCCGGAAAUUGAGGCACCACGGUUAAGUGGUCCGGAUUAUAACGUCAACGCUCCGGACAUUGAGGCACCACGUCUUAGCAAUCCGAACGUUAACAUGGAUGCUCCCAACAUCAAUGCACCAAGAAUGAGCGGCCCCGAAGGGAAUAUAUCAUACGACCCCAACAUACCAAGGGCAGAUGUACAACCACCAGCUCCUAGGCCUGCUGGACAUGUUCACCACGCCUCGAGCCCAGACGGCAGCCCGGCUUGUUGUCAGAGAUGUUUUGGGAAACCGAAGAGGCCAAAGACGAGGACACCUCAGGGGGCGGUACCGUAUCCCGUACAGGGUGCACAACUCCAAGCUCCAGGCGGCUUCGAUGGUCCAUCAGUACAAACACCAUACGUCGAGGCACCAAGAGGUAGCUUAGAAGGUCCUUCGAUGCAAGCACCAGGUGUGGAGGCUCCCAGGGGAAGUAUGGAGGGUCCGGCAGUGCGCGCACCUGCAGUAGCGGCUGUAGCGGCUCAUGGUCCGGACAUGGACACGCCUGACUACCAGAGGCCUGACUUCAACUCCCCCACUCAUCGACAGAGUAUUGACAAUCCCAGCUAUCAGUACCCUCCUCCAAGAGUGGAUGGACCCCAGGGCGCUGUGGACGUACCAGGAGCGGCAACACCACAACCCACCUUCCAAGGUCAUGCGCCAUCAAGUCAGAACCUCAUUGACCCGGAAGACAAAGGGUAUUGCCCAGCCUGCAUUUGCUGCACCUUACCGUGCUUCAAAUGCUGCCCGAAGGCCUGCAUGCGGCGACCCAACGAGCCCAGCCAGCGUAUGAUCAAACAGGCCAACACGGUGGAUGAGAAGUUCGGCUGGAUUGGCGUGGGGAUACUGGCUAUUCUGGCAAUAGCUGGGAUCCUGAUGGCGCUGGGGUUCAUUGGAUACUUUUCAGGAGGUACACCGCCCAUCAGCGGCCCGUGAUGUUAUGUCCGCUGACGUCCUCAAGCGUACUGAAGAUCGAGCUGAACAACCUUUCAACGACGCUGUGGUCAUUUAAAAAUAAAAACAUAUAUCGUUUACUUUCUAGAUUUAUUGAAUAAUCAAAUUGGUAUUUCAUUAGCAGACAACUUUACUUUUUGGUAAAUGAGUUUGUCAAAUAUACAUGCACUUAUACGUAUUUAUGGAGUAACUAUGGAGUCGAGCAUUUUCCAACAUACAAUAUUGUUAUUGGAUGACCGAAAUUUUAAUGUGAGAAGUAAUUACAGACAUAGCACGGUAGACAAUAGGUUGUACUACUUUAAAUCUCUUCGUGAUUAAUGACAAUAAGACUAUUAGACUAUAAUUCUUGAUCCCAAUGUGUACUGUAUUCACAGUUUUGUAUAUUGCAAAAGACAUUGGUGGGAGCAAAAAAGCUUUUAGAAAUAACCAAAAAAAAAUGGUCUCUAACCAUAUUCGAUACUAUGAAUAGCAAGAUAUAGACUAAAAAGGGCUA